CAGAAACAUUAGCGCUAUUUACAUGGGAGAGACUGUCCCGCUUCAUUAGUCAUUCGCUUUUCGACGAGGAUCACGAGUUCUUCACUUAUCCAUAUCUUCUGGAUAACAUUUACAUUACAAUAAAACUCAACAACCUAAUUCCGGAGACUUUGAACCUAAAAUUAAUCGCCAAAGUGCUGUUGUAACCUGCUCCCGCACUGGCUUUUCACGGAGUAACGUUUUAAAUGAUCCCAUGUACUCUACCCAGAGUUGGUGGCACCGCUGUUUCUAACUACAGUAGUACUCCGUGGAAAGGUUUUGCGUGGGGGGACCCGCUGGCUCGGCGCUUAGGACUUUUUCUCAAAGCGGGAAUCGUUUUUACCUGAGCAUUUUUCACACUGGUUUCCAAUUGUUACGUCGGGUUCACAAAGUUAAGGCCGGCUAGGUGUUGCAGACGGCCCAUAUGGCGGGCCGAGUCCACGGUGUGUAAGCCGGACUCCAGGCGCGUCUCUGGCGCUGUGGGCAGCGUGGGCUGCAAUCGGUGCGCGUCUCUCCGGUGUGUGCGUCUUUAAGAGAAGGGGCGGGGGCCCACAGGGCGCUGGAGGAGAGAGACGGAAAUAUACGACAGCAACGCGAAAAACAAAGUAGUGUCCUUCAUAAAUCCGGUCCCUUCAACGAGAAAAUAAAUACAUGAAUAAAAACCAAACGGGAGAAUCUGCAUCCAGACGCGUGACCGGCUGAGGCGAGCAGAGAGAGACACCACAGUGCCACGUCAGAACUGCCACGCCCUGAUCCUUACCUCGCCGUUCCUGAUCUCAGCAGACCGACUGACUGCCUUUCUCACUGAGGCAGGUGACAUGCUCAUGCACCAGGGCUAGACCGCGGAGAGGAGGAGGAGGAGGAGGAGAUGAAGCUGAAGCAGAGGGUGGUCCUGCUGGCCGCCCUGCUGGUGGUCCUCAUCCUGGCCAAGGUGUUCCUGCUGGACGGGGGCGAAGGGUCGGCUGCGAGCCGACAGGACCAGCGUGCCUUCCAGCGCAUGGAGGCGGGGCUGCGGCUGCGGAGGGGGGCACAGCUCGACCACACCCUGCAGUCCCCCUGGGAGGUGGCGGCGCAGUGGGUGGGGCCGCGUGAGGUGUACCCCGACGAGACCCCCGAGCUGGGGGCAGUGCUCAACGCCAUGGCGACGGGCCGUGUGGAGCGUGCCGACGUCGGCUACAAGGGCACACAGCUGAAAGCGCUGCUGGUGCUGGAGGGGGGACAGAAGGUGGUCUUCAAACCCAAGAGGUACAGCCGGGACACCGUGGUGGAGGGAGAGCCCUAUGCCGGGUACGACAGACACAACGCUGAGGUGGCCGCCUUUCACCUGGACAGGAUCCUGGGUUUCCGCAGGGCGCCCCUAGUGGUGGGGAGGUUCAUGAACCUGCGGACAGAGAUCAAACCCGUCGCUACUGAUCAGCUCUUGAGCACCUUCCUGAUGCAGGGUAACAACACGUGUUUCUACGGGAAGUGCUAUUACUGCCGGGAGAGCGAGCCAGCCUGCGCGGAGGGGGAGGUGAUGGAGGGCUCCGUCACUCUCUGGCUGCCUGACGUGUGGCCCUUGCAGAAACACAGGCACCCCUGGGGCCGCACCUACAGAGAGGGCAAGCUAGCCAGGUGGGAGUACGAUGAGAGUUACUGCGAUGCUGUGAAGAAGACGGCUCCUUACGACUCCGGCCCGCGGCUCCUGGACGUCAUCGACACAGCCAUCUUCGAUUACCUCAUCGGCAAUGCAGACCGCCAUCACUACGAGAGCUUCCAGGACGACGGUGGAGCCAGCAUGCUCAUCCUGCUGGACAAUGCGAAAAGUUUUGGCAACCCUACCCAGGAUGAGAGGAGUAUCCUGGCCCCAGUGUACCAGUGCUGUAUGGUGCGUGUGUCCACGUGGAACCGGCUGACCCUGCUGCGUAACGGUGCUCUGAGCGCGGCGAUGCGGACGGCCAUGGCGCACGACCCCCUGCACCCCGCGCUGACGGAGCUGCACCUGUCUGCGCUGGACCGGAGGCUGGAGAGCGUGCUGACCACCGUGCGGCAGUGUGUGGAGACACAGGGAGCCGAGAGCGUGCUGACCGAGGAUCGCAUGAAGCUCUCUCACUCCUAACCAGCAGGGGGAGACACACCGACCCACAACACUGGGAACUGCUUGUUCUGUUUAGACCCCCCCCCCUACCCACAUCCCCCUAAAAACUCUGAGAAGUGGGGGGUGGAGGGGUUGGGAAGGGAGGACCUGCUGUAGCAUUAAUAGACUCACUUUUAUUUUGAAAGUCUGGAAAAGUUAAAAACACUGAAGACCAGUGCUGUUGAGUUCACAAGAGAGGAGAACUCUGUGCAAAGAUUAAAACCCGAGCCUGACGGUCGGGGUGUAUGGGUCGACUUUUAACUGCAUUUGCAAGAAAAGCCACAGCAUGAUCCACUCUGCAGCCAAUGGAGCUGGGAGGGGCCGGCCGGUCUGUGUGCUCACAUAGCUAGAGAUGCACUGGAAAUACAGCACAGGAUCACAGUGGAAGAGACUGGGAGUAGCAGCACUGCUGUAUAGUGUGGACAGCGGGGUCACUGCUGUAUAGUGUGGACAGCGGGGUCACUGCUGUAUAGUGUGGACAGCGGGGUCACUGCUGUAUAGUGUGGACAGCGGGGUCACUGCUGUAUAGUGUGGACAGCAGGGUCCUUACUGAAGCUGCUGAUGGGAGGGGGGGGGGGGGUAAAUCAAGGGUUGAAUCUGGGAUAAUAAUACAGAAUGGGUCGGGAUUCUUGCUGGGACAGAGCUGGAUUUUCUUUAAUAAAUUGCUGUGUGACCUUU